GGCCGCGACCACAGCAGCAAGAAUAAAAAAGGGGAAAUUGAUUAAGGACCGGCUCCUCUCUGAUUCUCGCGACUGGCAUGGCAUCUGUCCUAGGGAGCGGCAGAGGAUCUGGAGGGCUAAGCAGUCAACUCAAAUGCAAGUCCAAGAGGAGGAGAAGGAGGAGGUCCAAGAGGAAAGACAAAGUAAGCAUAUUGUCAACCUUCCUCGCUCCCUUCAAGUACCUAAGUCCUGGCACCAUAAACACAGAGGAUGAAGACAAUCUAAGUACCAGCAGUGCUGAAGUGAAGGAAAACCGAAAUGUGAGCAACCUGGGGACUAGGCCUCUGCCCCCUGGAGACUGGGCCAGAGGCAGCACGCCCAGCAUUAAAAGGAAAAGGCCCCUGGAGGAAGGAAAUGUGGGGCAUUUCUGCAAACUCCAGCUGAUCUGGAAGAAGCUUUCCUGGUCUAUGACACCCAAGAAUGCGCUGGUCCAGCUGCAUGAGCUGAAGCCCGGUCUUCAGUACCGGAUGGUGUCACAGACUGGCCCUGUUCACGCCCCGGUCUUCGCAGUGGCUGUAGAAGUGAACGGACUCACAUUUGAAGGCACAGGCCCCACUAAGAAGAAAGCCAAGAUGCGGGCAGCAGAGAUGGCUCUGAAAUCCUUCGUGCAGUUCCCCAAUGCAUUCCAGGCCCACCUAGCCAUGGGCACUAGUACCAGUUCAUGUACUGACUUCACCUCUGACCAGGCCGACUUCCCAGACACUUUGUUCAAGGAGUUUGAACCAUCCUCAAGAAAUGAGGACUUCCCAGGCUGUCGUCCCGUCGACACUGAGUUUCUGUCCUCUGCCUACCGGCGAGGACGGCUUCUUUACCACACACUGGACCUCAUGGGCCAGGCUCUGCCUGAUAGGUCCAGGCUGACCCCUGGGGCCCUGGGUGAGAGGAACCCUGUAGUGGUGCUGAAUGAGUUACGUUCAGGCCUGCGGUAUGUGUGCCUCUCAGAAACAGCCGAGAAGCCCCGAGUCAAGAGUUUUGUCAUGGCUGUGUGCGUGGACGGGAGGACGUUCGAAGGCUCUGGACGCAGCAAGAAGCUGGCCAAGGGCCAAGCAGCACAAGCUGCCUUGCAGGCCCUCUUCGACAUCCGGCUGCCUGGCCACAUGCCCAGCAGGAGUAAAAGCAACCUCUUGCCACAGGACUUUGCAGACUCUGUGGCCCAGCUGGUUACACAGAAGUUCCGUGAACUGACAGUCGGUCUGACGUCUGUGUAUGCCCGCCACAAAACACUGGCAGGAAUCGUCAUGACAAAAGGCUUGGACACCAAACAAGCACAGGUCAUCGUCCUGUCCUCAGGAACCAAGUGUAUCAGCGGAGAGCACAUCAGUGACCAAGGACUCGUUGUCAACGACUGCCAUGCUGAAAUUGUGGCCAGGAGGGCAUUUCUUCACUUCCUCUACACUCAGCUGGAGCUGCACUUGAGCAAGCAUCGAGAGGACUCCGAGAGAUCAAUAUUCGUUCAUUUAAAGGAAGGAGGCUACAGGCUUCGAGAAAACAUCCUCUUCCAUCUCUAUGUGAGCACGUCCCCCUGCGGAGAUGCCAGACUCAACUCUCCCUACGAAAUCACCACAGAUUUGAACAGCACCAAACACAUCGUUAGGAAGUUCCGAGGCCACCUGCGUACCAAGAUUGAGUCUGGGGAAGGGACAGUCCCUGUCCGGAGCCCCAGUGCAGUCCAGACGUGGGAUGGCAUCCUGCUGGGGGAGCAGCUAGUCACCAUGUCCUGCACAGACAAGAUUGCCAGCUGGAAUGUGCUGGGACUACAAGGCGCACUCCUCUGUCACUUCAUCGAGCCUGUGUACCUCCACAGCAUCGUUGUGGGAAGUCUGCACCACACUGGCCACCUUGCACGGGUCAUGAGCCACAGGAUGGAGGGCAUCGGCCAGCUGCCUGCCUCAUACCGGCAAAACAGGCCUCUCCUUAGUGGUGUGAGUAACAGUGAGGUCCGGCAGCCAGGAAAGUCUCCCCACUUCAGUGCCAACUGGAUCGUGGGCAGUGCCGACCUGGAGAUCAUUAAUGCCACAACCGGCAAGAGGAGCUGUGGAGGCUCAUCCCGGCUCUGCAAGCACGUGUUUUCUGCUCGGUGGGCACGACUACAUGGUAGGCUAAGCACUCGGAUCCCCAGCCAUGGAGACACACCGUCCAUGUACUGUGAGGCCAAGCUAGGGGCUCACACCUACCAGUCUGUUAAACAGCAGCUCUUCAAGGCUUUUCAGAAAGCUGGUCUUGGCACCUGGGUGAGAAAACCACCAGAGCAAGAUCAAUUUCUUCUAAGUCUCUAAGUCACUAGACUCCUUUGCUAUUGGACCAGAAUGAAACUCCUGGAGAGGAUGGUGUGGUGUGUCCAUCGGUUCUUGACAUUUGUUCUCCUUCACUGUUCAGGAACACAUGUGUUCAUGUUUGGAUGAGAGACUAGAUUUGAAUUUGGCUCAUGCUGCUUCUCCCUGGGUUGUUAGUUCCAACAACUCUGUCCACAUAGCUAGAGGUAAAGCAUUUUUGCAUUAGUCCCAUCCCUUACUGGGUAUCAAAAGGAAAUAAUCUGUUCAGGUAAAGGGAUCUUAGAGGCAAGAUUGAAAAAUCAGUACUGAAGUAUAGCCUCAUACUCUGUCCUCUGUGCUUCCUUCCCCUUCAAUGGGCCUCUCCAGUGGUGUGAUUGAGUCUCACCAGCACAAGUUAUAUGACUUCAAGAUAAGCCACAGGUGAAAAGAAAAGCCAUGGGCUCCCCAACUCCAAAGAACCCAAUAGAAAUG